AAUGUUCUAGUCUGUAUAAUAGGAUCUGAUGGUCAAUAGUGUCAAAAGCAGCACUAAGAUCUAACAAGAUGAGCACAGAGAGAAGUCCCCUGUCUGAAGCUAGAAGUAGAUCAUUUGUAACUUUAACUAGUACAGUCUCAGUGCUAUGGUGGACUCUAAAUCCUGACCGAAACUCCUCAAAUAAACUGUUGUCAUGGAGAUCGGCGGCGGUGAGGACGAGGAGCCCGGGCCGGCUCGAGCUGGGGUGGACUGGUAGUGUCGCUGCUCUCACUGUUUGCCUAUGGACACAGACAUAGAGUCUGUUUUCUGCCAGGAAUUUCCAAGAUCAAUUCUGGAAGAAAUUUCAGAAUCAGUUGAGUAAAUGGUCUUAUGUGUUGAAGUAAAUAUGUCUGUAAAUGUUUUUAUUACUAUAUUUCUACUGCUAUAUUGUAUAUUUUGGAGAAACUGUAACGAUCGAAUUUCCCUCUGGGAUAAUAAAGUAUUUCUGAUUCUGAACUAGAGGACGUUAGUUGGAGUGGCCUGCGGUGCUGUGCAUUCUGGGAUUUGGUGUCUUUCAUCAACAUGAGCCAAAAAGACACUUUCUGCCUUUUCUCGGUCAAGAAAGCACCAACUUCAAAAUCCUCAAAGAGCAAACCUGCGGCUGACUCAGGAUCAGUGCCCAACGAGCCAAAACCUGCAACUGAAGCUGACUCAGUAUCAAUGUCCAAGGAGCCAAAACCCUCAGGAUCAGUGCCCAAGGAGCCGAAACCCUCAAGAUCAGUGCCCAAGGAGCCAAAACCUGCAACUGAAGCUAACUCAGUAUCAAUGUCCAAGGAGCCAAAACCCUCAGGAUCAGUGCCCAAGGAGCCGAAACCCUCAAGAUCAGUGCCCAAGGAGCCAAAACCUGCAACUGAAGCUAACUCAGUAUCAAUGUCCAAGGAGCCAAAACCCUCAGGAUCAGUGCCCAAGGAGCCGAAACCCUCAAGAUCAGUGCCCAAGGAGCCAAAACCUGCAACUGAAGCUAACUCAGUAUCAAUGUCCAAGGAGCCAAAACCCUCAGGAUCAGUGCCCAAGGAGCUGAAACCCUCAAGAUCAGUGCCCAAGGAGCCAAAACCUGCAACUGAAGCUAACUCAGUAUCAAUGUCCAAGGAGCCGAAACCCUCAGGAUCAGUGCCCAAGGAGCCAAAACCUGCAACUGAAGCUAACUCAGUAUCAAUGUCCAAGGAGCCGAAACCCUCAAGAUCAGUGCCCAAGGAGCCAAAACCUGCAACUGAAGCUAACUCAGUAUCAAUGUCCAAGGAGCCAAAACCCUCAGGAUUAGUGCCCAAGAAGACAAAACCUAAAGCUGACUCAGGAUCAGUGCCUGCAGCUGAUAAACAGAAGAGCAGCAAACCUGAGAAGAAAGCUGCCAGCAAACCCAAAUGCACAAAAGCCUCAGCUGGGAAAGCUGUGUAGGAUUCUGCUCAGAGUACAAACAAG